UUUAGUUAAACUAUAGUUUAGAAUUUACUUACAUUCCCUCAAUUGAACUUUUAUUCCAAAAUGCGUUUUAUUGCACUCAGUCUAGCUUUGCUGAGCUUCGUAAGUGCCACAUUCUUGCCUGGCAAACUCAAAGGAAAUAUUGCACAAGCUGCUCAAAAUACGAAGAAACUCAUACAAGAGGAAAAGGUAAAAUUUUACCUUUCAUUAGGCCAAUUAAUUGUCAGUUCAGAUGUUGUGAAUAAAGAGGAACUUGAGAAAUGGAAAGACUUUAUCAUCGAGUGGACUCCACAAGCGUCCACUUUAGUAGAAGAUUACGCCGCUCUUCAACAGUUUAGCGCACAGAAGGAAAUGUUGCUGGAUGGCAAAGAUGAUGACUUACUGAAUCAAUAUACCAACGGUGAAUUUCAGAGACUAAAGAACAGUCAUAUGAAUACAUGUAACAGACUGUACAUUGCUUUCAAGUUUGCGGCUCGCAGCAUGAUACGUGAAUCAACAGACUCCCCCGGACAUUCAAAUUCUAUUGUUCGAUAUUUCAAUGCGUUUGCCAGGUCAAAACCUAAUGUUCGUGAACACCACUUUGAAAAUUUGUUCAACUUGCUCACCUUAGAAGGCGUUGAGCUAGACGAAUGGUUAGCCAUUCAAAACAUGAUGUAAAUAUGUAGAUGCGUGGAAAUUACAGUGGUUCAAAUUGCUUUGUGAUAUUUCCUAUAAAACGUAAAGAACAAAAAAAUCAAUGAAUUAAAA